CGUACUCGGACUGUAGUUUAGCCAAAGCUGCUUCUUGCUUGAGGUGAAUGUUAGGUUCGUGUGGAAUAAGAUUUUUUUUUUGUCGUAAAAAUGGAUUACAGGUAGAAGAGAGAGAGAAAAAAAUCCUAGUCCAUAUAUCAAAUCCAUAAUAUUAGGUUACGUGGUGUUUUGUUUUUUUUUGAGGAGGAAUCGGUUUCUGAAACUCCUUCGACGUUUACGGUUUAAAAAGCGCAUGAAAUCCACCGAGAUGUGGAGCAGAAACGAUUUCGAGGAUGGCCUGGAUAUCUAUAAAACCGGUUCCAGUGCGUCCUCUCCUGGAUGGGUGCCAGGCUGUGAAUCAGCAUGGCACGGCUCAUCCUCCAUCAGCAGCAGUAACCGCGCCAGGCGCCACAGCGCCGCCUCCGACAGCGCCGACACAGGCAUAGGAACUUCCUGCUCGGACAGCGUGGAAGACCACUCCAGUUCGAGUGGUACGCUGUCUUUUCAGCCCCUCCGCUCGCAGGGCUCCAUCCCCACCGCGCAUGUCAUGCCGUCUCCGUCCAGCUCCAAGCUCAGUGCCCAGUCGGUCCCCGGCAGCCCGUGGAACAGCAGUCAGCUCUCCUCUCCCAUCUCUAGCCCACUGGACAUGAAGGACCCUCGCCCCAUGCGCCGCUGGUCCUCCCUCACCCGCCUGAGUGGCCAAGAGAAAAACGGCAAGACUUCGUAUCACCCGGACGCCCACGGCUCACUGGACCGCGGCCUGCUCCACGCCCGCCCCGACUCGUCUCCGCUCAAGCCUAGUACGCUGGACCUGAGCUACAGUGCCUUACCCGAGAGCAGAACCUCCCUCGUGAUGCCCAGGGGGCACUCGUUGGGGCACCAGGCUGUUGGAGGGUCACCCAUCCAACCCAGUGUGAGGACUCAGAUGUGGCUGAGCGAGCAGAUGGAGUUCAGACCUGAGGGCGUGAACACGUGGCUGAGCGAGCAGCAGCAGCGAGACAGGAUGAGGCAGGAGAACGAGCUCUCGCAGAUGCUGGGUGGAGCUCCUCUCCCUGUGAACACACUGGUGAAGAUAAAGGAAGGGCUGCUGAGACAGCGGGAGCUGGAGAUCGACAGGCAAAAGCAGCAGAUCAUGCAGCUCCAUGCCAGAAUCAGGGAAAACGAGUUAAGGGCACAGCAGGUCCUCCAGAACCAGAGAGGGCGCAGUGACGACUCAUACGCGCUUAAAACAAAGGAGAGCCCGCUGGACAGCCCUGCAUCGUCUCGACACAGUCCUCAGACUCCAGUAUGCUGCGAGAACGGAGAGCUGGGGCGCAGACUGGCCUCAGCCGAGCUCGAGGUCAUCCACCUCAAAGAGUUCCUCAAGCAGAACACACAGAAAUACACAGAGGACAUCAAGAAGCUGGAGGAGAAGAUGAAGACGCGUGAUCGCUACAUCAGCAGUCUAAAGAAGAAAUGUCAGCGAGAGCAGGAGCAGAAUCAGGAAAAGCAGCAGCGCAUCGAGACUCUGGAGAAAUACCUGGCAGAUCUGCCCUCGCUGGACGAGGUGCAUACCCAGGCCCAGCAGUUGGAGGACGUACAGGCGAAGGCGCAGACGCUGCAGGACACCGUGGCACAGCUGGAGCGGAGCUUAGAGGAGAGCCGAGCUCGUCUACAGGAGAAAGACGCGCUCAUCGAGAGACAGGCCAAAAGGGAGAAGGAGCUGGUGGCUGCUGUGCAGAGUUUGCAGGAGAAGGUGGAGAAGUGUCUGGAGGACGGAGUGCGGUUGCCCAUGUUGGACAUGAAGCAGCUGGAGAGGGAGAACGCGCGUCUCCUGGAACAGCAGGGUCACAACAGCACGCUGAUCAACAGCCAGAAGCAGCAGAUCGACAGACUCACCCUGGAAUUAACGGGACUUGAGAAGAGGCUGCAGAAAGAAAGCGCCAUCACACAGGAGCUUCAUAAGCAGCUGGCAGAGAGAGAGGAGGACCUGGAGAUGUUGUCCAAGAGCGUACAGCAGAAGCAGCAGCACGUGGAUAAUGGUGCCAUGCGGCAGGAAGCGGGCUCUCUGCUGAAGGAAAUGUCACUAUGUCUGCUAGACCUGAAGGCUCUGUGCAGCAUUCUCACCCAGAGAGCACAGGGCAAAGAACCCAACCUGGCACUGCUGCUGGGCAUCAAAUCAAUGAGCUGCUCAGCCGAGGAGAGCGAGAAGCCACUGGUGGAGGAUGGACUGCGGUCCAAGCUGCUGGAGGUGCAUCAGCUGAGGAAAGACAUUGACGAGCUGCGCACCAUCAUCUCUGACCGCUACGCCCAGGACAUGGGGGAGAACUGUGUGACGCAGUGAGUGGCCCCUGGAGGCCAAGCCACUCACCAACAAGAGAAAGGAGAAUAAACCUGUCUGACUACUGAAUGUUGGACCAAGCUGUGAAUCAAGUUUACAGUCUUUGUAUUUCUGUUCAUCUCCACUUCUGGGAUCCGAGCUCUUAUUUAUUGGGACUAUGAAAAAGGCCAUUAGUUGUUACAUUAAAGUAUUUUCUGGACUAUGAGCCACGACACUCUUGGCUACAAUUUUGGUCGUCGUCAUAACAUGCAUCAGCUGCAUUUGAAUAACUAAUGCAAAUUUAUCAAACUAAAAAGGGUUUAAAAAAAAAAAGUCUUGUAAUCUAGAAAAUACAGGAAGUGAGCAAGGCAGUGAUGCACUGUAGGUGGUUGGAAAUGUGUGGGUGAAGUGGUUCAUGCUGCUCCAUCAAGUGCCUUGUGAUGUUCCAGUGCAUUCGCUGAUCGUUUUACAUCUCAAAGCCCAAACUGUGACAAAUCCUCAGUCUCACCCAAAGAUGUUCAUCUCCUCCAUCAAAUGCUGCUGGUCGCCGGUCGACACUGAAGCAGAUUGCACUCUCACGCACAGCGGUGGUUCAUCGGUCUUCCGUUCAGAACCUUGUCCGAGUACGACUCCCCCCCAUGUUGGUUUUUCCUUUUAAGAGGAUUCCGUAUUCAUGAUGAUCCGUCCAGGCUCAGUGAAAAAGAUGUACUGGAAUUCAGGUAAUGGUUUUAAACAGAACCCCCAGUAGAUUCCUCAAAAGGGGGAAGAUCAGAUCUUAUGACAGAACGUUAUGUUACAGUUCAAACAAUGCAAAAGAGAUUCUCAGGUAUAUAAAACAGUAUUGAGACUCCAUGCUUAUGGUGGAACCACUUUGCUUUCAAAAAGGGAUUUUAACUCUGAACUCAUUUUAAGCAGAGUGGGAUUGUUUUUUUUUUUUUUUGUUAGACGCUGUAUAGAACUCAUUCUCUGUAAUAACAAAAUUAGGAAAUGCUUGGGUCAUGACAACCUGUGCACAUACAUUUGCUGGACAAUGAAUAUAUUUAUAAAGUUGUUUCUGCUGGUGUAUCUAGCUACCAAUAUUAGCUUUUUUUGUGCAUGUCAGUCAUCGGGUGUGCGCGCACACAAUUGCUCCAGAUGGAGUUUGUGCAGGAACAGAAUGUCUCUGAAGCUGGUUGGACGUAUAAAACGCUAUGCAACCUCAUUUUACCAGCAUAGAAUUCAGCAGACGUUGCUUUCCUGUGCCUUUAUAAAUCUAUGCAGCAGAGUUAAACACGUCUGGUGUGUGUGGUGUGACAGUGGUGUGUGUGUAAUCGGUGUGACAAGCAGCCAUAGGUACAAACUGCACAUUUCUACUCAGGUUAAGUGAUGAACCUGAGGGAGUGUGCGCUGCAUGGUUGUCAUGGCCGAUUGUGAGCACACUGAAGCUGCUGGUUGGCUUUACUGCAUCACAUCCACUUGCACGGGCGUUAAAAGCUUUUAGUUUUUCAGCUUGACUUUCCACAUGCCAAAGCUCUAUUUAUGUACACUUACAGAAAGACUUGUAUUUUUUCAUGUAAAACAAAAAAGGGAAAAAAUGUUUGCUUUCCAUUUGUACAAAGAAUAAAAUAAAAUAUU